GAAAAUGCUCUCGAUUUCUAUACUGCAAGUACUGUUCUUCUUACAUCUGACAAGACAACAGCAGUUUCAAGACUGCGCUAACGGAGGAACGGGACCUUGUUUGAGCGACCAAACUUGCGGAAGUGCCACGGAACUUUGCAUAGUAACGAGUCUUGGAUAUGAAUGCUGUGCAAUAGACCAGAUCAUUACCCCCACGGUUUCUCCUGCAUCGUCGUCUCCCGUAACAGUGGCAACGACUGAGUCGACGGCUACAACAACACAGCCUUGCGUGGAUUUGCUAAACCCAAGUACUGGAGUAUCAGAUUGCGCAGGACUUGCGUAUUUGUGCAAUAAUAACGUAUACUGGGCUUUGAUGACCAAACAAUGCCCAAAAACAUGCAACAGAUGCGGAACUCCAUCCUGCCAGGACCUUGUCGAUGUGAGAACUGGUGUAUCGAACUGCGCACAGAUGGCCAGCUUUUGCACAAAUUCCGUCUACCUAGAUCUGAUGAGAGAACAGUGCCCAAAAACCUGCGGUUACUGUGUGUGAUUUUUAAAAAAAUUUUCUU